AUGUCCGACCUCAACGAAGCAUCACGGCUCAAGCGCCGCCACAUGCAAACUGCACAUCUUGCACUAAGGGCCCGCCUUAAUCGUCGGAGUCUGGAGCUACUGACCCCGGAUGGCAGCUCCUUUACCUUCCCUCACUCGGAGCGACCCAAGUCUUUUGUGGAGGGAACAACAAUGUCCAGAAAUCAUUUACCUCCACUAGAAACGUCGAGCCCUAACUCCAAAGUAUCAUCUAAUCCGUUGUCACCUACCCGUCGACACCAAGUUCAACGAUCAGUCUCCGAGUUCUCGGCAUUUCCUAAGCUCCACCGACCGCAUAACCAUCACCACCACCACCAUCACACAGGUCGACAUCAUAAGGAUGAUGUUGCCCAGAGUGCGGGUCCGAACUUGCAGCUCAAUGGUGAGGCGGUAACCUCGCAAAGUGAGAAUGCGACGCCGAAUGACAGUCGAGAUGUGAGUCGCAGAACGAGUGUCCUCGGCUCUGGAUGGGAAGAUGGUCAAAGAGAGAGAGAGAAUAUGGUUGUUCGAGAAGGACAGGUUGCCGAAGAGAAGCAAAAGGGGUCUCAGCGUGCAAUGGAACUGCGGAAUUCUAUCUUGGACCUGAACACAUUAUCCAACAGCACCACUCGAAGGCUCGACAAUACAUACUAUUCCGUUCUCGAAAAACUGUCUACACUACAGAACACUAUUCUGUCGAUGCAAGAAAUUGCUGGCAUGACGAAGAGCAUCAAUGAGGAAUUCAAGGCUGAGAGUCAAGAAAUCGUUCGCGAUGUCCAAGGACAACUGGACGCUUUUGGUGGAUUUAAGAAUCAGGAGAAGAGGAUAUCUGCGCUUCAAGAAAGGGUCACAGUCGGAAGGAACAAGAUAGGGACACUAGGAGAGAGGGUCGAUAUCAUCCGUGAACGAGUUGAAAGUUGGGAGAAAGCAGAGUUCGAAUGGCAAGAGAGAACACGACGACGCUUCAGGAUCUUAUGGAUGAUCAUGUCUGCCGCGGCGGUGAUCUUAAUCGCGCUGAUUCUAUUUCAGUAUACUCCUGCGCGGACGCCUACGAAUGGAUAUACAAAGGGCAUGAAUACCUCUUCUAUACCGGAUUUUGAGAAGUUGGAAAACGAGACACUUCGGCUCAAGAAUCAUACGGCCAAGAUAUUGGAAGGACUACGGACAGGCGAAGACGAAAGAUUGAAAGAAGAUCCAAGAUUAAAGCUCUUCGACGAACUUUGA